ACAAUGCGUCGUCGUUUUGCUUCAACAGAAAGUUUUCUACUGAAUUCUUGUUCAUAGCUCUGAGCUAAGCUGAAUGAAGAAGAAGAAGUAAUGUUGUAGACAAGUAAACUCUCAAAUACCAACUUCCCAAAUUCAAAUUCAGCUCAUUUUGCAGUGGAAAUCAAGAAAGUUUUGUUUUUUUCCCUGUGCAGAUCCAGAGGUUUGGUUAAUUUUAGUGCUUAUUGUUUUGUUUCUUGAUCUUUUACUAGUUUUUGUUUUUCCCCAUUUUCUUGAAAAAAAAGUGAACUUUUUUACUUUGUGAAGUUCAUUUUACUGUAAAAGAGAGAAGUAUAGAAGAAAGAGAGGCAGAAAGUUGAUUUUUUUCAAGUUUCAAGAAUGUUGAAAUCUGCAUAUAUUAGCUGAGGUGUGUGAAGAUUUUAGUGAUGGGGUUAGGUGCAAAACUGCAAAUUCAAGUUUAUCAGUUCUUGGGUGUUGAAAACUAAGGAUUUGAUUCACUGUGGUGGAACGCUAGUUUUUCUUUUUUGGGUUUCCACCUGGUGUAUGGUACUCAUAUUGGAGCUUUGAUUAAAUCUUGAUUCACGUCGAGAAGUCUCACAUUAGGGGGUAAAGUGUUUCCUAAUAAAGGGGACUUUAUACCGAGGGCUUGAACACGAGACCUUGAGUGGAGCAUUAGUUAAGUACAAGCUGAAGUAUAGUGGGAAUGAAGAAGUAUUUAUUAAUUAGAAAAGUGGGAAGGAAGAGAUGGGCUGGAUGUCUGCUUAUUAUUGGUCUUGCAAUGGUUUUGUUGAUUCGAUAUAGUAGUGUAGAAAAAUCAUACAGCAUUGUAGAAAAAUCAGACAGCAGUGUGGAAGAAUCUCCGAAAAAGCAAUCAGUUUAUGGGUUUUUCAAUGACCAUCCGGACAUUAAUGAAGGUUCAAAAGAUGAAAAUGCCAAGUUGUCUGAUCUGAAACCAGUAGAGCUAGUAAGUUUUAAGGAAAAACCACAUCUUAUUGAUGUCGAAGGGCUUAAUGAUCUAUACAGCUUGAAUAAUUUUUCGACAGAAGAGUCUAAGGCAUUGCUAGCAUGGGGCAAGAUGAGAUUGUUGUUGUCUAGAUCAGAUGGUUUGAAUGGAACUGCUCAAGGAGUUAAGGAGGCUGCUAUAUCAUGGAAAGAUUUGGUGUCGUUCAUUGAGAAAAGUAAAGUUCAAGAUGAGAAGGAAAAACAGGAUUGUCCUUAUUCUGUGACUGCAUUCAAUACCGCGACGUUGAAGGACGGGAGCAGUCUUAGGAUCCCUUGUGGCUUAGUUGAGGAUUCAUCUAUUACUGUGAUAGGCAUACCUGAUGCAAAACAAGAAGGUUUUCAAAUUGAGCUGGUAGGUUCGAAACUUCCAGAGGAAACAAAUCCUCCUAUAGUUUUGAAUUAUAAUGUAAUUUUACCCGGGGAGAACUUGACAAAGGAUCCCCUUAUUACUCAAAAUACAUGGACUAAUGAAUCCGGGUGGGGUAAGGUGGAAAAGUGCCCUGAUCAUGGCUCUACCGACGUGAUAAAAGUUGAUGGAUUAGUCAAAUGCAAUGCCAAAAUUUUCCGAAAUAAUGUAGAAGAAACUGCAAAUAUGACCAAUACCAGCAAUCCAAAGUCUUCAGAUGUAUCAAAUUCUAGUGCCUACGGUACUGCCAACUACCCUUUUCUUGAAGGUAAUCCAUUUACUGCAACACUAUGGGCUGGUAUAGAGGGGUUCCAUAUGACAGUCAACGGAAGACACGAGACGUCUUUUGCAUAUAGAGAGAAACUCGAACCUUGGUUGGUUAGUGGAGUCAAUGUGAUAGGUGGUGUGGACACCAUAUCGAUCUUAGCGAAAGGAUUACCUGUGUCCAAUGAUUUUAACUUGGGUGAUGAUGUUGAGCACCUCAAAGCUCCAUUAACUCGUAAAAAGAGACUUGUCAUGUUAAUUGGGAUUUUCUCUACUGGAAACAAUUUUGAGAGACGUAUGGCACUAAGGAAAUCAUGGAUGCAAUAUGAAGCUGUGCGGUCAGGAGAAGUAGCUGUCCGAUUUUUUAUUGGUCUUGACAAAAAUAGGCAGGUCAAUUUUGAGCUAUGGAAGGAAGCACAAGCCUAUGGAGAUAUCCAAUUAUUGCCUUUUGUUGAUUACUACAGCCUGCUCACUUUGAAGACCAUAGCAAUUUGCAUUAUGGGUGUUAAAAUCCUACCUGCCAAAUAUGUUAUGAAGACUGAUGAUGAUGCUUUUGUAAGGAUUGAUGAAGUUCUAUCUAGCCUCAAGGGAAAGGAUCCUAAUGGUCUAUUAUAUGGUGGAAUAUCUUUUGAGUCAGCACCCCACAGGGAUAAAGAAAACAAGUGGUAUAUCAGUCCUGAGGAAUAUCCGCCUGCUUCCUAUCCCCCAUGGGCACAUGGACCAGGUUAUAUUAUUUCUCGAGAUAUAGCUAAGUUCAUUGUUCAGGGCCAUCAAGAAAUGGAACUGAUGCUUUUUAAACUUGAGGAUGUUGCUGUGGGCAUUUGGAUUGAGGAAUUCAGGAGGAAGGGUCACAAAAUACAGUAUGUUAACGAUGAAAGGUUUUACAAUGCCGGUUGUGAAUCAGGCUAUAUUCUUGCACAUUAUCAGAAUUCGAGGAUGGUACUAUGUCUGUGGGAGAAACUGCAGAAAGAACACGAACCAAACUGCUGCGAGUGAUCGUGCUGUAAUCCUGAACGUUGCAAAUCAACUAGUGAGUACAAUCUUUUUGCAGAUAUAAUGGUUUCAAAUAUGAUUCUGUUUGUUUAUUCUCUGACAAAGGUCAUCAAACUGCAAUUGUAUAUUGUUUCAUUGGCACUAUAUUGUUGUUAUUCCUAUGUGCCAUCUUAUGUUGUGUUGGUAAGCUGAUGUUGAAUGUUGAAAAAGGAGUAAUAGAUACUAAAUAUAUUUAUACAUA